CUAAGCGCCAAGCUCUCUACAACAAACAACAGUUCGCGCUCAGCCACCGAACCGCUAACAACACGACUGCUGCUCGUUACUUGCUGGCACAUACCUCUAUAUAUUAGGAAUUUGAAGAACGAGAAGCCUGAAGAUGAGUCACAAAAUCGCCGCCGUCUGCCUCCUGAUGAGCUGCGUGAUUGCCUCCGUCUAUGGCGCUGCUAAGGUGCCCAUUUCCAUCUACUACGAGUCCCUGUGCCCGGACAGCGCCAAGUUCAUUACGGAGCAGGUGUAUCCGGCGGUGAAGGGAGAGCUGCGUGAUGUGGUGGAACUCACCUUCGUACCAUUCGGAAAGUCUCAGUUCUUUACCCAGGGCUCCGAGGUGACGUUCACCUGCCACCACGGCCCGAACGAGUGCUAUGGCAACAAGGUGCAUGCCUGCGCCAUAGAGCACAUCCAGGCCAACUCCUACCAGGUGGAGUACACGCGCGAGUCGCUCACGAUGGACUUCAUCAACUGCCUGAUGAAGGCCGGAAAGAAUUUCCCGGACAACGUCUAUCCCGGCCAGCGAUGCGCCUCGGAGAACCACAUCAACAACUGGGAGAACAUCAAGACCUGCGCCAACUCCACCGAGGGAAGCGUUCUGCUCAGGAAGGCCGGCGAGGCCACCAUGCGGCUCAAGGAGCCCCUGACCAGCGUCCCCACCAUCCUGUUCAAUGAGCAAUUCGACAAGAAGGUCAAUGACCGCGCCCAGGUCAACUUCGUGGGCACCAUCUGCAAAUACGUAUCCGCCCCGCAGCCGCGCAUCUGCAACCAGCACAAUGGAGCCUCGACUCCAUCCUUGGCCAGCGUAAGCGCCAUCCUUAGCUCCCUGCUGGGUCUUUGGUUUAUCCGCUCCUUCUACUAAGCUAAGCUAAGCUCAACUGUCCACUCUCUCCGACGUUUCCGCUUAUGUAACUCUUCCAAGUCAGCUCUGAACUCUGGCAAUCGGGAAUCUCAACACUUAAUGCUGUAUUUUACUCUCGAACUUCUUGUUGGUUUGUUUUUAGGCCAAUUGAAACGCAAGCCGUCCAAUUAUGCAGCUCGAAUAUGUGUAUCAGAAAUAAGAAAUUCGUUUUGAAAGAGCUGAUCGUAAAGUAGCAAUUUAAUAAAGUUGAUAUAAAACAUGAUA